AUCAACAUGAAGCUUCACCCUCUGACCUUCGAACCCCAAGUUCAGCAUCACUUCUAAUACCCAUAGACGCAACUAGACAACAAUGACUUCAACAAUCGACUCCUCGAUUCCUCCUCUCAAGCCCAUCUACGAGCCCAAAGACGCCUCGGCUCCGCGUAACGAAUCACCCAAACUCGCAAAGUUGAUCAGUACCCUGCAACUCCAACAGCACAUCGAAGGUGGCUACUUUGUCGAAACCGAUCGCGAUGUUAACCGGGUUCCAAACCCGUUCCUCAAUGCCUCUCCCUCGGCCGCAAGCAAUGAACAAACAACCUUCUACACUUCUACCGGCGCCGUAAGCGCGAACCUCUCCAACAAGCUCACAGAGGUCGACCCAGACAAGAACAAAGAUGCUUCAAAAGGGGAAAAGACAAGAAACGCAAGCACAAGCAUUCAUUACCUCCUCACCCCGGAAUCGCCCAUGGGAGCCUUCCAUCGCAACAGAGGACGGACAAUUCACACACUCCACCGCGGAAGAGGUCGCUACGUAAUCAUCCACGCCGACGAAGUACUGCCCUCGUACGACACGCACUCUGGUAUAAGAGGAAAAGCUAGAGUAGAAACAUUCAUCGUGGGCCAUGAUGUGGAAAAGGGUGAAAGACUUCAGUGGAUCGUGGAUGGUGGAAAAUACAAAUCUAGUUUCUUGUUGCCGUUGGAAGGGGAGGAGAAGGAUGGGGAUGGUUUGUUGAUUAGCGAGACGGUCGUGCCUGGGUUUGAGUACAGUGAUCACGAUUUUAUGAGGGUGGAGAGGCUGGAGGCGUUGGUUACAAAGGAGCAGGCUGAUGAGAUGAGGUGGAUGUUGAGGAAGGAUGACAAGCCCGUUUAGAAGAUCCAAACCAAGCCAUGCCUCGUCACCUAUGAGAUCAGUAUAAACGUGGGCAAAGGAAAAACAUGAUCAAGAGAUGAAAACAAUCAAAUUAUUACUGCUGCUCAGCUAU